AGAACAAAAAGCCUAGCACAACGCCAGCAGCACACACGUUACCUGCGGCGCGCAGAUAGCAGCCGCAGCAGCAGCAGUAACACAAGACGGGCAGAGAUGACGGGCGCCGGCGUCGCGACGGUGGCCAUGGUUGUGGUCGCCGCGUUAGCGGCGGCGGGAAGAGGAGCGGGGGGCGAAAGAGGCAACACGACGGCCGGCCGCGGAGAGGUCACGUACGACGGCAGGGCGCUGAUCCUGGACGGCGCCAGGAGGAUGCUCUUCUCCGGCGACAUGCACUACCCUCGCAGCACGCCUGAGAUGUGGCCGGACCUCAUAGCGAAAGCCAAGAAAGGCGGCCUGGAUGUCAUUCAAACAUACGUCUUCUGGAACGCACACGAGCCUGUUCAGGGGCAGUUUAACUUCGAGGGAAGAUACGACCUGGUGAAAUUCAUCAGAGAAAUACAUGCCCAAGGUCUCUAUGUAAGCCUCAGAAUAGGCCCCUUUGUCGAGUCGGAGUGGAAAUACGGAGGCUUACCCUUUUGGUUACGUGGUAUCCCUAACAUUACAUUCAGAUCUGACAACGAACCCUUCAAGAGGCAUAUGCAAAAGUUUGUUACCAAAAUAGUGAACUUGAUGAAGGAUGAAAGACUAUUCUACCCACAAGGAGGCCCCAUAAUCAUAUCACAGAUUGAAAAUGAAUAUAAGCUAGUUGAGGCUGCAUUUCAUUCAAAAGGGUCGUCUUAUGUUCACUGGGCAGCGGCAAUGGCAGUAAAUCUACAGACAGGUGUUCCAUGGAUGAUGUGUAAGCAGGAUGAUGCCCCAGAUCCAAUUAUUAAUACCUGCAAUGGGCUCAUCUGUGGGGAAACAUUUCCAGGGCCAAAUUCGCCAAACAAACCAGCUUUAUGGACAGAAAACUGGACAUCUCGCUAUCCUUUAUAUGGUCAAGAUCAAAGAUAUAGAUCAGCAGCAGACCUUGCCUUUGCAGUGGCACUGUUUAUAGCGAGAAAGAAAGGGAGCUUUGUAAACUACUACAUGUACCAUGGUGGAACAAACUUUGGAAGGGUUGCAUCUUCCUAUGUAACAACAAGCUAUUAUGAUGGAGCCCCUCUUGAUGAAUAUGGAUUAAUAUGGCAACCGACAUGGGCUCAUCUCAGAGAACUGCACGCUGCAGUAAAGCAAUCUGCAGAGACAUUACUUUGGGGAGCAUAUUCUAAUCAUUCAUUUGGUCAACAACAAGAGGGGCAUGUUUUUGCAACAGAUUCUGGGUGUGUGGCUUUCCUGGUAAACUUUGACAUGCAUAAGGUAUCAACCAUUCAAUUUGGUGAAGGGGUGUUCCAGCUAGCUCCUAAGUCCAUCAGUAUCCUCUCACAAUGCAGGGAUCUAAUAUUUGAAACAGGCAAGAUAAAUGCUCAGCAUGGUUUAAGAACAGCACAGGUAGUGCAACCUCUCAAUCAUGCUCAUAGGUGGAAAUUAUUCAAAGAACCAAUUCCUGCAGUACCAAGCAAAAUCUCACAUGUCAAAAACCAGCUAUGCGAACACCUCUCAACUACAAAAGACGAAACAGAUUAUCUCUGGUACCUUUCCAUGUACAACUCUAGAAGAAAUGAGAAUGGUGACUUAGUGCUUAACGUUGAGGCACAUGCACAUAUUUUACAUGCUUUCAUUAACAAUGAUUAUGUUGGAAGUGUGCACGGGAGUCAUGAUAAACCUGGCAACAUCGUUCUUAAUGUAUCUAUUUCACUAAGGGAAGGACAAAACUCCAUAUCCCUGUUAUGCGUCAUGGUUGGUUCACCGGACUCUGGCGCAUAUAUGGAGAGAAGAACCUUUGGAGUGCGAAAGAUGAGCAUAAAACGAAGACAGCAGAGACCACAUUCCAUAAACAUUGAGCUGUGGAAACACCAAGUUGGUUUAUAUGGAGAAACAAAUAAAAUCUACACAUCUGAAGGAUCAUCUCAUGCAGAAUGGACUGCAUUUAGCAAAUCCAUACAUCUGCCACUUAUCUGGUAUAAGACAACAUUUGACGCACCAUGGGGAAAUGAUCCUGUGACAUUGAACCUAACUAGUAUGGGAAAGGGUGAAGUGUGGAUUAAUGGACAGAGCAUUGGACGGUACUGGGUCUCCUUCAAAACCCCCAGUGGGCAAUCUUCUCAAUCCAUGUAUCAUAUACCUCGAUAUUUUCUGAAGACUGGAGAGAACCUCCUAGUCCUCAUGGAGGAAACUGGUGGCGACCCACUACAGAUAACAGUAAACACAAUGUCCAUUACCAGAAUCUAUGGUACUGUCAGCGAGUUCUCUACACCAUCUCUCUUGUCACGCGAAAAUCAUCCAGCUGUUCACCUCCGAUGCGAGAAAGGCAAACACAUAACAGAUAUCGAAUUCGCAAGCUUUGGAAAUCCUGUCCAAGACUGCAGAGGGUCUGGACAGAGCUGCCAAGGAAGUUGCCACGCAGAAAUAUCUGAAUUCGUUGUGAAGAAUGCUUGCCUAGGAAGAAGGAAGUGCGUCCUUCCAGUAUGGGCAAACAAGUUUGGAGGUGACCCAUGCCCUAGAAUUGAAAAAUCCCUUUCUGUUGCGGCGAUCUGUGGAUGAAGAGAAGAUGAACCACUUCAAUCAAGUUGUGAAUAAUCAACAAUGCAGGAGAUUCCAUAAUCAUAUCACAGAUUGAAAAUGAAUAUAAGCUGGUUGAGGCUGCAUUUUCCAUUCAAUCGGGCCACCUUAUGUUAACUGGGCAGCGGCAAUGGCAGUAAGUCUAUGGGAUAGUAGCUUAUAUUGGGCCCACUACAUAACCCUGGUUGUCAAGCUUAGACUUCAUCACCUUCUACACGCCUCAGGGCUCAGGCUGUACACUAGAGUAGCAAAGCUGGACAGUUAUUACCAUGUUUCCGUGUACAUGUCCAAGAAGUACACGCUUCAGGCUUCCAGUCAAUGAAAGUAAGAGAAACCCAGACGAACCACUUAUGUGGCGUCGCAGAUCAAAUCUUCAGUGGUUCUCAUUCUGUAUCUGAUGGAAAAGAAAAAACCA